AUGGGACCAACAGUGGCCUGCUCAGUCCCGGAGAAGUACAAUGUUGGAGACAACUUCCAGCGGUGGGAGAAGCAAGCGAAAAUAUAUCUUGAGAAUUUUCUACCUGAACGUCAUCCCAAUUUGGUGUUAUCUUUACUCGGUGGAGAGGCAUUCGAUGUAGUGACCGAGGCGGACUGCAUGAAGGGAGGCGUCAUAGCAGAAAAAUUUGCGUGCCCUCGACGGUUAUUAGAUUCACCCCUGCUGCCCAUGGAAUAUAAGAAGCAAUUCAACGCACGGCACCAAUACGACGGCGAGGGCGCGCAAAGUUUUGUUCGAGAAUUGCGCCGUCUGGCCAGCAGAGCAUGCGAAAAUGAUUGGCCUUUGGAAUUGGAGAGGUUGCUGGAACAACUAGUCGAUGGGUCCAGAAUCAAUAACGUACGACGGCAUCUGCUCUUGCACCUACUAGCGGACUUGGACAUGGCUGUCAAACGUGUAGAAGAUAUGGAGAAGCCGGAGGCGGCCACAGCAGCACCCCGAGAAUGCCUAGCAGUGGGACACUAUGGGGCACGAGAAGUCGGACACCAAGCGUGGCAGAGGCCGAGGAAGGCGACGACCGUGGCGGCCCAACUAUCAGUUCCAGCACGGACCACCAGCCCGUUGGCAUAA